AUGAACGGAAGUGAACAAGGUGCUUUGGAGGCCAACUCGGCGUGUACUAGCAAUAUUCCGGUGGAUUUUAAGUCAACGUUGCCACCACGGAAAAGAGCUAAGACCAAAGAGGAGAAGGAGCAGAGGCGGAUUGAACGUAUUCUGCGGAACAGACGUGCAGCCCAUCAGAGUCGCGAGAAAAAGAGGUUGCAGUUGCAACACUUAGAGCGCAAGGCCGCACUUCUGGAACAGAUAUUGAGCUGUAAAGACGUGGCAAAACUAGUGCAAAGCAGUAAAGAGCUUAGCACGAUGUACGAAGAGUAUCAGUCACUGUCUGUGCAAACAGCGGACAGUGGUGCAUGUUCUCACGAUGAUGACGACGAAGAAGUUGCCACAGGUGGCCACAGGACUCCAGAGUCAUUGUCUUCUUCCUCGUCGCUGUCAGCUGCUCAGCUCACAAAGCUCACCCCCGUAUCUAAUUCUGUGCUUUCUUCUCCGGCAGCGCCAGAGAAAAACACAGAAUUGCUUUCGGGAGGACUCCAUCCGGACAUUUCCACAGAUACUGCGAGGAAACCAUUUUGUCUCAACGAGGUAUCAUCGGACUCGAGCGUGUUGAAUCCCCUACUGGACUUCCCGGGGGUUGAACCCGAGAACAAUGCUGCCACAGAUUUAUCCAACUGGAAUCUUCUACUGACAAACGGCGACGAAAUUUCUUUACCACAUUCCUUCGACGAACACGAAUACCCUGUCUUAGACAUGACUGAUAAUUCCUGGGGCCUUGACCCGUUGCGUAAUCCAGCUGUGAUUAAGCUAAGCUUGAGCUUAGCCGACAAGUAG